AUGGAAGCCGACGCGCCCAAGAAGUGCCCCGCGGUGCCCAGCUCCAUGGCCAAGGGCCUGGCGGUUCUCCAGAGCGUGGCCGCCCGGGGAGCUGGGGCCCCGGAGUGGAAGCUGUGCAGCGGUCAGCGCUCCCUCAGCAAGGCCGCGCAGACCAUCAGCCGCUACUACGGAAAAAGGAGUGAAGCCAAGGAGGCCUCCAGCCCUGGGGGCAGCGGCUUUGUGUCCCAAGUGGAGGAACUGCGAAGCGCCUUUCUCAUGCGUCCCGGCUGCCCGCAGUUCAGCACUAGAGCCACGUCCAUGUCCCGCCAUGGGUUGGCCCCGACUGCGGCUCUGCCCAGGGAUGUGUGCGUCAGCGCCGAGCCCUGGAAGAUGAGGGCAGACCCGCUCUCGGCCCCGCAGGGCUCAGACACGAGCGUGAAAGGGCUUCCCGUUAGCAAGAGCGCCUGCGAGGUCAGCAGCCUAUGGAAGGGCAGCAAGUCGGGGCCGGGGAGCCCAGUCGCCAGCAGCCCCAUUGUGGCCCAGGGCGCCCCGAGGAAAAGGGUGCCCUGGUACAUCUCGGUCAUCCACGAGAAGGAUAACCAGCUGUUCAGGCUGGGGGAGGAGGUGCAGCACCUGUUGGAGCUGGAGGCGCAGAGUCGGAAGAAGGACCAGGUGGUCUCGGGGCUCCUGGAGGAGAAGCGGGCCCUGAAGAGGCAGCUCAGGCGCCUCCUCAAAACCAAAGGCCGGAGGACAGCCGUCUCCCCGGGCUUGAGGGAGGCGGACGGCCAUGCCGCAGGUGGAUCCCAGCCCUUGCCUGGGCGUUGUGGGCGGCCGGGUAGCCCAGCGGCCAGCGCUGCAGGCUUGGACCCACCUGAACUGGCCUUGGUGUCCUUGACUCGCCCUGGGCCAGAGGGCAGCGGUGCCCCCAGCAGGCCGGGCUGGCAGCGUGUUGCCCUGCAGGAGCUGAGGGGGCAGGCGGGGGCCCUCAAGGAUCACCCAGGCCCCUUGCAGCAGCGGCUCCCGGAGGCUCCGCCAAAGCCCAGGGACGAGCAGGAGGAGCAGCUGGGUGGGAAGCAGGUGUGGAGCGGAUGGGGGCUGAGCUUGGCCGACCCCCGGGAACAGUUGCAGGAGGAGCACCCCGGGGGCGAGAAGGCCCAGGCCCUGGAAGGAGGCGGCAGCCGGGAGGACGAGGAUCUGGAGAGGGGCCAGGGGCCCGCAGCCAAGGGGGGCGCGGGCGAGAAGGGGGCCCUGCAGGAGGGAGAGAUGGAGGAGGAGGAGGAGGAGGAGGACCAGGACGAGGACGAGGACGAGGAGGAGGGGCGGGAGCUGGGCGAGCAGAGGGAACUGCGGGAGGAAGAGGAGGCCCAGGGCAGGAGGCGCUGCUCCGUGGACGAUGCCUUCGAGGAGGAGCUGAUCGCCCGGCUGGAGAAGUGCGAGCAGGUGAUCCAGGAGCUCCAGCACGAGCUGGCGGUCGCCAGGAGCAGACACUCCAUGGCAACAGGAACGAUCAUGUCCCUACAAAGGCAAGUGGACUUCCAGGAGUCCCAGAUGAGAAAGCUGAGCACGGAAAACCAGCUGGUGCAGCAGGAGCUGCGAGAGCGGAAGCAUCAGCUGCAAGCCAUGACUGACAAGUUCUCCAACCUCCGAGAAGUUAAGAAGCAUGCAGAAAUGAUGGGGCUCGUUGAGAAGGACAACCUUCUGCUCCGAGAGCAAGUGCUGGACCUGGAGCGGGAGCUGAGGAAGCGGGAGCACGUCCUCUCGGAGUACGACACCAAGGUGGGCCAGCUGCAGGCACAAGUGGACCUGGACCAGAGCCACCUGCAGAGGCAGAAGCAGCUGCAGGACGCGCUGCAGAGCAGGAACGAGAUGAUCCAGCAGGCCGAGCAGCAGGCCCGCGUGGCUCUGGAGAGCGCCCAGUCCAGGCUGGAGAGACUGAGAAACAAGAUCAUCCAGGCCACCUUCAGCACCGUGGGCAUCAGGUCCCUGAGCACCGAAAUCUCAGACAACGACAUACUGGAAUGCCUGCAGAGGGUCAUCGCCGAGAGAACCGAGUACUACAAUCAGCUGAAGCAGAAGGGGGUGAAGGUGCCCCCCCUGAACCAAGCCGAGGUCUUCUUUUCGCCCAACAAAGCCAAGAAGUCAGUCAUCAAGUAG